AUGUCUACUCCAGGACUCCGUGACAGAACCAUAAUCAUCACAGGCGUUUCCCGAGGCCUGGGAGCAUCCAUCGCCCAAGCAGUCUUGGAGGCCGGCGGCGACGUGUAUGGCAUCGACAUCCUCCCACAACCCGUCGAAGAAGACCGGCAAGACAUCUCUACCCUUCCGAAGGGUAACGAAUCCCAACUUACCUUUUUCCAAGCCGAUAUACGCGAUGAACCAGCCAUCGAGUCGGCUUUGGCUCAGGUCAGAGAGCUAGCAAAGCAACGGGGAAAGCCAGUUCUCGGGCUGGUAAAUUGCGCCGGGGUGCAACACACGGAGAAUGCAGAAGAUUUCCCGGUCCAUGAAUUCCAACGCAUCAUCGAUGUUAAUGUCAUGGGAAGCUUUAUCGUUGCUAAGCAUACGGCUCGACUGAUGAUCGCGGAGAAUUGGAAAGGGAGUAUGGUGCUGAUCGGUUCGAUUGCGGGCUACGUCGCAAAUAGGGGCAUCCACGGAAGUGCGUACUGUGCGUCAAAGGCCGCUGUGCAAAUGAUGGUCAAAUCGUUUGCAUAUGAAUGGGGAAAGCAUGGAAUCAGGGUAAACAGCCUUUCACCAGGCCCCAUCAUGACCAACAUGGUGGGCGAGCUUUUGGAUAAUAAUGCAGAUUUGAAAUCUUUGCUUAUGUCUGGGGCUGUUCUUGGGCGACUGGGGGUUGUCCAGGAUGUACAGGGUGUGACUGUAUUCCUGCUCAGUGACACCUCCGGAUACAUGACGGGAGCUGAUGUCAAGCUCGACGGUGGUGCCACGAUCUCUGUCUAG